UUUAAGAGGUUGUAGGAAUGGGCUGAAAAUCGGCUUUUGUUUUCUGUGCAGACAGGCACACUCCCAUCUGAUUUGGGCAAUCCCUCACCUGCAGAGUGAAGGGGGAAAAUAACCCCCAGACUCCCUGCCACCAUGUGCUACGGCAAGUGCGCACGAUGCAUCGGACAGUCUCUGAUGGGGCUCGCCAUCCUCUGCAUUGUAGCUAACAUCUUGCUGUACUUUCCCAAUGGGGAAACAAAGUAUGCCUCUGAAGACCACCUCAGCAAGUUUGUGUGGUUUUUUUCUGGCAUCAUAGGAGGAGGCUUGCUGAUAUUCCUGCCAGCGUUUGUCUUCAUUGGGCUGGAACAAGAGGACUGCUGUGGCUGCUGCGGCCACGACAACUGUGGCAAAAGAUGCGCGAUGCUUUCUUCUGUGCUGGCAUCUCUCAUUGGAAUUGCAGGGUCUGGCUACUGUGUCAUUGUGGCAGCUCUGGGCUUAGCGGCAGGACCACUAUGUCUUGAUUCCUCCAACCAGUGGAACUAUACCUUUCUGGACACUGAAGGACAAUACCUUCUGGAUACAUCCACAUGGUCCCAGUGCAUCGAACCCAGGCACGUUGUGGAAUGGAAUGUUUCUCUGUUUUCUAUACUCUUGGCACUAGGUGGAAUUGAAUUCAUCUUGUGUCUCAUUCAAGUAAUAAACGGAAUGCUUGGAGGCAUAUGUGGCUACUGCUGUACUCACCAUCAGCAAUAUGACUGUUAAAAUAACCACCCAAGACAGAACCACAAUCUUCCUUCAUUUCAUUGUAAUUUAUAUAUUUUACUUGUAUUAAUUUGUAAAACUUUGUACUAGUGUAUCAUACUUCUUUUAUGCUCCUUUUAUAAAUGUGUGUAAAGACUGUCAUUUUCAUGUGAUGUCAGUGUUUGCACUUAGUAAACAAAUAUAUAUAUAUAUAUAUUUUUUAAGGAAUGAGAAAAUAAACCACCCUCUUGAGAUUAUUUACAGAUGGAGUGAUGGUCCUCAACGCAUUUGAGAUAAACUCUGAAGUAAUGUUUUUAAGAAACAUUGCAAUGAUAAAUAUUACAUCCAAAUUUCUACUGUAUAUAUGUGCUUGUGUUUAUUAAAUGAAAGAUUUCUAGUAGCUUUUUUAAGAUCAUGAAGGAGAAAAUCCAACAACUUGAAAAGAUGAUUUUUUUCAUUGUUUAUAUGGUGUUUCCCAUUGAUGUACCUGCAACUCUCUAAUAUGAAGCUUCUUUGCACUGUUUUUGCCUUCUGGGAGGGACAGCUCCUUGCCCAGAGUGGGACGACUGACUCACGAUGCUCCAAGCCUAAUGAAUGAGUCAAAAGGUACAAUGCUGCUGGUUGCUGCAAGCACUUCAGAUCCUAAGUUUUCCUAACAUGUGCAAACUUUUUUGUCCUUCAAAGACAAGCACUGAGGAUCACGUAUUUAAGAGAAAGGCCUGGAUAAUUAGACAGGAAGGAUGAUGGGAAACGGAAUAAAGCACCAUGAGAAAAUGGGGGAGAAGGGAAAUGGGGCAGGAGGACCACAAGGAAAUAUCCCAAACUUUCUUGUUUAAAUACAACAAAAUAAAGUAUCCACUACCAUUU